AUGAAGUCCUUCGUUUUAUUUGCCUUGGCUGUCGGCUUGGUUUCUGCCAUUCCAGUCGACAACGGAGUCGAGGGAGAGCCAGAGAUCGAGUGCGGCCCCACCUCCAUUACCGUUAACUUUAACACUCGUAACGCCUUCGACGGUCACGUCUACGUGAAGGGUCUCUUCGACCAACAAGGCUGCCGUUCCGAUGAGCACGGUCGCCAGGUAGCUGGCAUCGAGUUGCCAUUUGACUCUUGCAACGUCGCCCGUACCCGCUCCCUCAACCCUAAGGGAGUCUUUGUCAGCACCACCGUCGUCAUCCAAUUCCACCCUCAAUUCGUCACCAAGGUCGACCGUGCCUACCGUGUACAAUGCUUCUACAUGGAAGCCGACAAGACCGUCAGCGCUCAGAUUGAGGUUUCUGAUCUCACCACCGCCUUCCAAACCCAAGUUGUACCUAUGCCAAUCUGUAAAUACGAGGUAAGUUACCCAUAUUGUCUUAUGUGCCACAUUUUAUAGAUCUUGGAAGGAGGACCAUCUGGACAACCCAUCCAAUUCGCCACCAUUGGUCAACAAGUGUACCACAAGUGGACCUGUGACUCCGAGACCACUGACACCUUCUGCGCUGUCGUCCACUCUUGCACUGUUGAUGACGGUAACGGCGACACCAUCCAGAUCUUGAACGAGGAGGGAUGUGCUCUCGACAAGUUCUUGCUGAACAACUUGGAGUACCCAACCGACUUGAUGGCCGGUCAAGAAGCUCACGUCUACAAAUACGCCGACCGUUCUCAACUCUUCUACCAAUGCCAGAUCAGUAUCACCAUCAAGGAGCCAAACAGCGAAUGUGCUCGUCCCAAGUGCUCUGAGCCAACUGGAUUCAAUGCUCAGAAAUUGGGUGGUGCCGGUGCCGCCCCAGCUGCUCCAGCCGCUGCUGGAGCUCCAGCUCAACUCCGUCUUCUCAAGCGUGAAGCCGGAUUCGACAACACUUUGGACGUCCGCACUGAACUGUCUGCUCUUGACAUUAGCGACAAGGUAAGAUAAAGAGUAGGAGACUUUUACUUUAAAUUUCAGGACACUGGAUUGCCAGAAAACGUCCGCCGUUCUCUCCAGAACUCUGCCUACCAAAACCAAGGUGUCUGUGUGACUGGAAACUCCAUGACCGUGUUGGUGGCCGCUAUGUCCGUCCUCGUUCUUGUGGUAUGUGUCAUCGCCGCCCUUGCCAUCCGCUCCCAACAACCACAAAAGUUCUAA